AGGAAGAGGCGGAGCGGCAGCGGGAAGCUGGAGGAGAGGAGGAAGCGCUCGGCUCCAGCGCUCCCUGAACUCGCAGCCCCCCGGGACCAUCGCCCCCCGUCCCGCAGACCAGGAUUUCCCAUUCCUAAACCUUGGCCAGAUGGAGGAGGAGGCUGUGAGGAAGAGGAAGAUGCCCCGGGACCCCCAGGCAGACAAGGAGCUGAGGACAGAGCCCAGGGAGGACAAAUCCCCGCAGCAGAACCUGGUGGAAGAGGCCAUUUUGAGCGGCUCCACGGUGCAGGAAUCCAACGGGGAGGAAAAGCCCCAGAGAUCCCUUAGGAGGAGGGGCUGCAAACGCAGCCCAGGGAGCUCUGAGGAGGAAAGACCCACCCUGUGCCAGGAUGUCGGCCGGAGAUCCAGCCAGAGCUCAGACCUGGUGGUCCAUGAGCAGCUUCAAACUGGGGAGAAGCCCCACAAGUGCGAGGAAUGUGGGAAGAGCUUCAGCUGGAGAUGUCACCUGAUCCGCCACCAGAUGAUCCACACUGGGGAAUGGCCCUACGAGUGUGGGGAAUGUGGCAAGGGCUUCAGACACAGCUCCAACCUGAUCCGCCACCAGAUGAUCCACACUGGGGAGAGGCCCUACGAGUGUGGGCAAUGUGGGAAGAGCUUCAUCAGGAGCUCCCACCUUAUCCUCCACCAGAUGAUCCACACUGGGGAAUGGCCCUAUGAGUGCCUGGAGUGUGGGAAGGGUUUCGGACAGAGCUGUGAGCUGAUCAUCCACCAGAGAAGCCACACUGGGGAGAGGCCCUACGAGUGUUACGAGUGUGGGAAGAGGUUUCAGACCAGCUCCGAGCUCCUCAAGCACCAGCGGAUUCACACGGAUGAGAGGCCCUUCCGCUGCCCCAACUGUGGGAAGAGCUUCAAUCGCAAAUGCAACCUUAUCAGGCACCAGCGUAUCCACACCGGGGAGAGGCCCUACAAGUGUCUCGAGUGUGGGAAGAGCUUCAUCCAGAGCUCAGCCUUGACCAGACACCAAUGGAGCCACCGGUAAUUGAAGCCCUGCAAGUGCCCCGACUGCGGAAGAGCUUCGUGCACUGCUCCAACUUCAUCCCCCACUGAAGGACCCACAUUCCCUGUAUCCAUGUUGGGAAGACACCUGGCUGGUUGUCUCCAUAUCCUUCUGGAUCCCCAUAGGCACCAGGAAAGAUGAUGUCUGGGAGGAUUUGGGGGUUCUGAGGGGAGAUGGAAGAGUUUUGUCCAUCGCUUUGCACUCCAGAAGAUGAGAAGUCUCGAUCUGUCACCUCACAACCACCGAAUUCCACUGAAAACUGUUCAGUUCCCACUCCAAAUGGCUCAGUCACAUUCCAAAAGUACUUGACCCUACAGCCCCCUCAAAAUCCCCAGGAGGGGCUGGAUGGGCAUUCAGAGGGUCUGGACGGAGUGGGAGGUACGUUGUGGAGGGGUGGGCAGUGGGAGGGGGGCAGGGGUUUGGAAUGAAGAGCUGAAGGCUGGGGAUGAUGAGGCCGGGGGGAAUCUCCUUUCUGGGUAUCCCCCACAUCUGAGGGCAUUUGGUUUAUCCCCAGUUCCUGAGGGGUUUUUUGGGUACCCCCCGAUCCUGAGGAGGGGAUACAGGGAGACAAGGGAUGACAUGUGGCUCUGGCACUUGGAGUGGGCACCACAGGGAGGGACAUG